AUACUCAUACUCAUACUCAUACAUCUUAAUGGACCCCUCACCCCACCUCCAAGACGGUGGAUCAUCACUCCAUCUAUCUAUCUAUAUAACGCGCAUGCACGUUCCAUAACGGAGAGCCAUGACCACCACCACCAUCAUCACAUACAUACUUACAUGCAUACAUACAUAUUACAUGUCAUAUCCAUCCACCGCCUUUACCAUUACUCAUGUACUACCAUUCACCCUCCAUCGUCAUCCUUAUUAUUACUUUUACUUUAUUUUUGCUUUACUUUUUAAACUUCUCGUCAAAUACUUCUUUUCUCUUCUUUAUCCUAAUCCUUUCCUUCUAUCCUGUCGGGCUUUUUUAUACUUCAUACUGUGUAAUAUUAGAUCGCAUUCUACUUUAUGUCAUACUUCUAUCUAUCUAUCUAUCUACCUAUCUGUAAUUUUCUGUCUUAUUAGCUUUUUUUGUCUGUAUUGUUGUUUGUGGUCUUUUAUAUUGUAUUGUAUAUUGUAUACUUUUUGGUAGGUGGGUAGGUGGGUAGGUAGGUAGGUAGGAAUAGGAAUUGCAUUGCAUACAUAACAUA